AUGUCCGCUGUAGUCCGGCAAGCCUAGACGGGAAGCAUCAUCCAACCAUGGCAGGAUCAUCGACAGAUCGUACGAUUGGAUUCAUUCUAGCUGGUGUCGUGUGUUGCUGUUUGAUAUCUCCAAUCACCGGUAAUCCACUGCUGGACGUACCAGACAGACGGAUCAACAAUGGGGUAGAAGCGGGUCCCACCGAUGUACCAUUCGCGGCAGGUAUUCUCGUAACCUUUCCUUCCCAAACUUACUUCUGCGGAGGUACACUGAUCUCUCUGCGCCACAUCCUGACCUCUGCCAACUGUGUGGAUGGCUAUCGUACCAUCACUGUCAUGCUCGGUGCCCACGAUAUGACUAUGGUGCAGGAUUUCAUUACCGUCUCGUCCGUCGUGGUUCAUCCGAACUUUAGCUCGUUCUUCGUCUCGAACGAUUUAGCCAUCCUGACGCUCUCGCGUCCAGCACAGCUCAGUGAACGAGUUCAGAUCGCUCAACUUCCCAGCCGUCUGUACAUUGGGCAUUCGUUUAAUAACUACGAAACAACCGUUGCCGGCUGGGGACGGACAGGAUCCAAUACGGGCGAAAUCGUUCCGGUUCGUCGCCUGCUGUAUUUCCGGGCACGGGUCAUCACCAACACAAGCUGUCUGGUUAGCUUCCCACUGUAUCUUAGCUCCACCAACAUCUGUACAUCGACCGGAACCGGUGCCGCCUGUGUUGGAGAUGAAGGUGGUCCAGUAACGGUGACCGAGAACGGGCAGACCAUUCUGAUUGGUGUGCAUUCGUUCGGAUUUUCGAUGGGUUGCGAACGUAGCUGGCCAUCGGUACAUACGCGCAUCACAGAGUAUCUCACGUGGAUAGAAAACAAUUCAGAUGCUGUCGUUAUGUGAAUAAAGAUCGCACGAUGUCAUAUGUAGGACUCUCUCAGACUAGUUUUC